AUGGGUGGUUUGUGGUACCUUUCCGGUUCUUACUUGCUUCGACGUUGCCAAUCUUUGGUCACGACUUCGUUGAUGGUCGCUAUCAUGGGAACUCUUAGUAGCCAGCGAUCUCCUAUCGAGAGUCAGAUGCUGUCCACGUGGACGUUCCUUGAUUGGACUGCGUACGGUUUCCUCGUUGCGAUGGCGUGCAGUGUCCUCGAUCAUCUGGACGCUUUGAUGAACACUUAUCCUCAUUUGGUGACUUGUGAUACCAAGUGGAUAACCAAGAUGCAAAACCCAUUGACGCAUGAAUAUUGGUUUGCCAUGAUUCAGCUCGUUGCUAACUUGCCUGCGGAGACCGAUUUGAACGCAGGGCCAAUUGAUGACCUUAAAACCGCAAUUCGACUUCUUGGACCUGCAUCAAGAUCCUGGAAAACGAUGGCGGCGUUGUUUCCAGUCAACUUGCGCCAAGACCUGUGCUUGAUAUACGCAUUUUUCCGUAUUGCUGAUGAUUUAGUCGACGAUGCACCCACUCCUGAAGAAUGCCGAGAAAACUUGGCGAUCAUCCGUCGAUUCUUACGUGAAGCAUUCUCCAACAACGAUAAAGUUCAGCAACAACCAUCGAACAACAUCGCGAAUGACGCAACACUGCCUAACCAUAUCAACUGGACCCUGUAUGCAGAACUCCUGCCUUCCGAGGAUGUUUUAUCUGUCUUUCGUUCUUUUGCCCGCGUUGCUCACUACUUAUGCCCCCGUGCUAUGUUUGAGUUGACGGAUGCAUGGGAAAUGGAUCUUAACGGCGCACCAAUCCGUUCUCAGGAGGAAUUACUCCGAUACGCUGCCCUGAUUUCGGGUACCUUUGGUGAACUCUGUACAUGUGUGAUCAUGUACAAGACCGGCCGCGGAAACUGGAAUGGUGCUGAUACCGUCGCUCGUGACAAUACCGUCCUUGCCCGAGCCCGAGCUACAGGCCAGUGUCUUCAAUUGAUCAACAUUGCUCGCGAUGUGAUUGCCGACAGCCUCGUUGGCCGUUGCUAUGUACCGCUGCAAUACAUGAGCAACCCCAGUACGGAAUACAGUAUGCUGAAGCACAGCCGUGAACCGCAACAAAUCGGUGACCAUAUACUGAAAACAUAUGCUCUUCGUAUCUUGGACUUGUCCGAUCAAAUCACCGAUCAAGCUCAACGAGGAAUCAAUGGAUUGCCAGAAGAAGUUCAAGAUGCUAUUCGCGCCGCUUUCGAAAUUUACAUGGCGAUUGCCCCUACACUUCGUAACCAUAGCGGUUUCCCGUUACGCACCAAAGUCCCGAAACCUAAGCAACAAUGGAUCGCUUUGCGUUGUAUCUACGGUUUUCAUGGCCCGGUUGCCCGUGCUAUCCACUCCAUGGGUUGCCGUUUCUUAUCGGCGCCUCGUGGACUUUCAGCAUUUAUCAAGUUAGCUCCGUUACCAAAGAAAAAGUUGUAA